AUGGACGCCUCUGCUGAUACCGUCAAAGAGUUCACGAGACACACCAGUUCUUACAAGAUUCCGGUUAUUGAUGUUUCUGGGCUGAUAAGUUUGAGUUCUCGUCUGAAAGGAAAGGUUGUAAGGUUCGAAAAGAUAGCCGAAGCUCUUCAUUUGGGUAUAAAAGAUGUGAAAAUUAAUUGGAAGUCAACUGGUGUUGUUCCUGGUCUCUACCUUUGUUUUCUAAUUAGUAAGGCUAAAGAGUCGGCUAAGAAAGAACAUUGGAAUGAUUUCAGUCGGUUGCUUGCUGUUAUGAUUUAUGGUAUUGUGCUAUUUCCAUCUAAGGAGAACUUUGUGAGUUUAUCAGCUAUUUGUGUUUUCAUGAACAAGAAUCCUGUGCUAACAUUGCUUGCGGACACUUAUAUGUCUAUCCACUCUAGGCAUGGAAAGAGGGGAUACGUUGUUGGCUCCUGUCUCCCUUUGUUGUAUCACUGGUUCAUGUUGCAUUUGCCGGUGAAAGGGCCACUUGUUCUCAAGAAAGGUUCUCUUCAGUGGUCAGACAGGAUUGUUAACCUUACUUCCUUUGAGAUCAGGUGGAAUUAUUGUGUGGGGAAGGUUUGGAACAUCAUUACUAGUUGUGGUCAGUACUCCAAUGUCCCUCUCAUGGGAACUAGAGGUUGUAUUAAUUACAAUCCCACGCUUUCCUACUGCCAAUUGGGAUAUGCGAUGGAAGGCCCUCCGAAGGAUGCACAAAUAGCUGAAUCAGUGUAUUUUGCCGAUGGUAAAGAUCUUAUGGAGCUGGAGAAGAUAGCAUCUGCUUGGACAAAAGUUCAUAAGAAAGAUCAAACCACUUUAAGCAAGAAGGUUCCUAUUGCUAUGGGUCCUUAUAGGGAUUGGAUCAAGGCAAGAGUUAAAGAUUUGUUGUUGCCAUUUGCAAAGUCAGAUCCAUUGUAA